UAGAGUGCAAAAUAAAUGAAAACCCACCCAAGAUAUGACUAUUUCAGCUGUUCCCUGGCACUAGAAUAAACCCCUCUUUGUGUAUCAACUAAGCAAACCCCUGAACCCUUUCUCCAUACUUAGCUAGGACCAUCUCUGCCUUUCCCCUCUCUUGAUCCCUAUAUAUACAUCAAUUUCCAGUUCUAAAAAUACCUCUCCUUCUUUCUUCCUUGUUCAUAUGUUUUUCUUUUAUCUUUGAUCUUCAUUUAAUAUGACCAACAUACCUACAUCUCUUACAGAUUCUUGUCUUGCCCUCUUCAAGCUUGCCAUUUCUGGUUCUGAUCCCUGGCCAUUCUCUCUUGUUUUCUUGUAACCUUUACUCAAAACCGUAGCUUUCUUUCCACAAAAGCAAGGCUUUCUUCUUUUCUUUUUCUUGUUUCUUGAUUGUGCUUUCUGGGUUUUGUUGAGAUAUGGGUAGUGGAGACAAAAACCACUUGAAUUUCCAUAUCCACCUGCCACACCUUCAGUUUCACCACCACCACCACCCUCACCAUCAAGGCAAGAAAGAGUUGAAAGAUAUACCAAAAGGGUGCUUAGCUAUCCUGGUAGGACAAGGUGAAGAACAGCAAAGGUUUGUGAUUCCUGUAAUUUACAUGAAUCAUCCACUGUUCGUGGAGUUACUGAAAGAAGCUGAGGAAGAGUAUGGAUUUGAUCAGAAAGGCCCCAUCACCAUCCCAUGCCAUGUUGAGGAGUUUCGAAAUGUUCAAGGCAUGAUCGACAAGGAGAAUUCCCAUCCAGAUCACCACCACCAGCACCCCCCUCAUGUUUUGUGCUUUAGGGUUUGAUGUUAUCUUGGAAUUGUGCAAAGUUUAUUCUUUUCUUUUAAUUUUUUGUAUCAAUAAUUUUUAAUUAUUUUUCACCCACUGUGUACGAGUAAUUGCCAGAUCAUUAUAAUGAUAAUGACGAAAAUGCUAAGAUAUUGAGGAAAGAAAAAGUUUGAUUCUUUCUUCUUUUUGUUACAAAAGAAAGCCAUGUCUUGUAGUCUUUUAUAUAUCUUUCUCUGGAUUUACUAGAAGAGAGAAUAUUUAGAACAAAAAUGUCAAAUGUUUAUAUAUUAUAUUCUGAGUUUAUUAUUCUAA